CCUCUUGUAUACAAAAACCCUAUUCGUCGUCGGCUCUGUUCCUCCCGUCGUCGACCCAAAACGCCGUCGAAGCUGAUUUAGUGAUGGAACCUAACGGCUCAGCUUCACCGACUGUAAACGGCGUCGUAAGCGACGUGGAGAAGUUUCUCUGCGAGCGAUUAGUGGACCAGUCGCAGCCAAUCUCAGAGCGAUUUAGAGCUCUCUUCUCUCUUCGCAACUUGAAAGGCCCUGGACCUCGCAACGCUCUAAUCCUCGCGGCCAGAGACUCAUCAAACUUGUUGGCACAUGAAGCUGCGUUUGCGUUGGGACAGAUGCAAGAUGCUGAAGCAGUUCCUGCUCUAGAGUCUGUUCUUAAUGAUAUGUCUUUGCAUCCUAUAGUACGCCAUGAGGCAGCAGAAGCUCUUGGAGCCAUUGGUUUAGCGGGUAAUGCUGAGAUUUUGAAGAGAAGUUUGGUUUUGGAUCCAGCACAAGAGGUUCGGGAAACGUGUGAGUUAGCUCUCAAAAGGAUUGAAGAUCUGAGUAAUGUUGAUGCGGAGAAGGAGUUAGAUACGACAGAGAGAUCAUCACCUUUCAUGUCUGUUGACCCUGCGGCUCCUGCUGCUGCUUUCUCCUCUGUACACCAGCUUAGGCAGAUUCUUCUGGAUGAAACUAAAGGCAUGUAUGAGAGAUAUGCUGCUCUUUUCGCUCUGAGGAAUCAUGGUGGAGAGGACGCUGUUUCUGCUAUAGUUGAUUCUUUGAGUGCUAAUAGUGCCCUUUUACGUCAUGAGGUAGCUUAUGUCUUGGGGCAACUGCAAAACAAAGCUGCUUUAGCUACUCUAAGCAAAAUACUUAGAGAUGUGAACGAGCAUCCUAUGGUCAGACAUGAGGCUGCUGAAGCACUUGGUUCUAUUGCAGAUGAGCAGAGCAUCGCAUUGCUGCAAGAGUUCUCAAGGGACCCUGAGCCGAUUGUUUCACAAAGCUGUGAAGUUGCAUUGAGCAUGUUGGAAUUUGAAAAUUCUGGCAAAUCAUUCGAGUUCUUUUUCACUCAAGACCCACUUGUUCACUAAGAAUGAUCAAGGAUCAUAACCAUUCUUCUAUCAUUUACCAACGAAGGAACACAAACUAUAACAACUUUUUACAGAGUGCGCGACUCGUGUCAGGGGAAAAUGUUUACUCCCAAUGUAACCGUUAAAAUAAUGUUGUUGGGCCUGUAGAAAUCCAAUUGCAAAGAUAAUAUUUUGACAGAUUUAAUGGGCUUAAUGGUCUUUACACUUUUCAGGGAGGUAACCACAAUACUUGACGUGUAGACUAGACUAUUUGUUCUUUUUAAUGCCAGUUUGGUAAUAGAUAUUUUCAUAUUAA